AUGUGGCUGCUGUUACUUUUUCUGCCAGUGCUGCUGGCUGCCAAGUCAUGCCCGGACUGCCAAACCAAGGGCUAUCAGAUGUUGCAGCACAAGCAGCAGAUGGUCAAGAAGGCGGAGCAGGGAAGUGCGGCGUCCACGGCAGACGCUUCCGGACGGCUCCGGUCUCUGAAGCGCUGCGCCGCUGGAAAUUGCGAUGAGGAUGAUGACGACGAUGACGACGACGAUGAUGACGACGAUGACGAGGAGGAGUCGAAGGACUCCAUUGUGAAGAAGCAUGGAUUCCUCAAAGUGCAGGGGAACAAAGUCGUAGAUGAGUCUGGCCAGGUGGUACGACUUCGCGGGAUGUCGCUGUUCUGGUCCCAAUGGAAACCGCAGUUCUGGACCGCAGGGACCACUCGCUGGCUGAAGAAGAAGUGGGGCAUCACUUUGCUGCGCUGCCCAAUGGCCGUGGAGGCAGAUGGAUAUCUCACUCAUCCAGAGGAAGAAAUGGAAAAAAUGAAGACUGUGGUGGAAGCUGCCAUCAAGCAGGGAAUCUAUGUGAUUAUUGAUUGGCACGAUCACAAUGCUGAGCAGCAUCAGGAGGAAGCUGCCGAAUUCUUUAAGCAGAUGUCUAAAGAGUUUGGACACCUGCCCAAUGUGAUUUUUGAGAUUUUCAAUGAGCCGAUUUUUCAGAGCUGGAAUGAGACCAUCAAACCCUACCAUGAGAAGAUUGUGUCAGUAAUCAGAGAAGAGAGCUCCAAUCUGAUCAUUUUGGGCACUGGCACAUGGUCGCAAGAUGUGGACAUUGCUGCUGAAGAUCCUGUUGCUGGGGAGAAUCUGGCAUACACCAUCCAUUUCUAUGCGAACACGCACAAGCAGGAGCUUCGAGAUAAGGCCGGUGGAUGGCAUAUUGGAGCGUUCGUCGCGUUCGUCUGUCGCGACUGGAGUGAUGUCACGAAGGCCUUGGAAUCGGUGGCCAUCUUUGCCACGGAGUGGGGCACCUGCGAUGCCAGUGGCGAUGGCACCCUGAACCUGGAGGAGACGAAGACGUGGUUGGACUUCUUUGAACAGCACCAGAUUUCGGAUGCCAACUGGGCCAUCAGCGACAAGCAGGAAGCGUGUUCAGCUCUCCUGCCAGGUGCCAGUGGAGAUGGUGGCUGGGAGGACUGCGAGCUGACCGAGUCCGGUCACUUCGUGAGGUCGACGCUGCUGAAGGAGCCAAUGCUUGAUCCGCUACCCGAGCCUUGCCCAAGGUUGACAACACCUCCACCGGGGAUGUGCUCUGAUUCCACGGAGGAUUGUUCAAAGACAAAAUGUUGCAACGAACUGGGCACCACGUGCUUCCAAAAGAAUGAUUGGUGGGCAUCGUGCAAAGUGAGCUGCACGCCAGGCAUUGAUCCCAAUGAUCCACCGGCCUAUGCUUCGCCAUGGACUUGUAAGGUGCUAACCAGGGAUGAAGUUGAAGAUGACAGCCAGGAGGCCUAUCCUUCAAAACUCACUGCCUGA